GGGGAGGGAGGAGGCCAGACAAGGCGGGGGGAAGGAGAGCCCCGGUGGCGCAAGACGCGCGGAGCCGCGCAGUCCGGGUCCGGUCUUUGCUCCGCCGCUGCUUCCCGACCUGGCCAGCAGAGCCGGCGCCCCGGAACACCUCAAAACGGACGAAGGAGUCCAUGUUGGGGAACUUGGCGGUGGAGUGACGGGGACCCAGGGAGCUGCGGUGGGGCCGCCGCCAGAGCAAACGCCUCGACCUCGGCCUUAGGAAACCUUUUUCCAAGGAAAAAUGGAGAAGAAAACUGUACAUACCCUAAAUGCAGGAGAUCAGGAAUAUGAAGAUAUGGAAGGUGAAGAAAACAGAGAUAAUACUGCUCUUACUGUUCUAUUGUACAAUGAAGCUGACAGAUGUCCAAUAUGUCUUAAUUAUCUAUUAGAGAAGGAAGUUGCUUUCCCAGAAAACUGUAAUCAUGUCUUCUGUAUGACCUGUAUUCUUAAAUGGGCAGAGACUCUCGCUUCAUGCCCUAUUGAUCGAAAACCUUUUCAGGCUGUGUUUAAAUUCAGUGCGUUGGAAGGUUGUGUUAAGGUUCAAGUAAAAAGACAGUUGAGAGACACAAAAGACAAGGAAAAUGAAAGCUCUUUUAAGAAACAGCUCUCCUGUCAUGAAAACUCUGAAAGCUAUAUAAGAAGUAAAGCCAUUAUGAGAGAAGAUACAAGUGCAAAAUUUUAUGACUUGAAGAUGAUAUAUAGAAACUCUUCAUAUUGUGAAAUAAGAGAAAAGAAAAAUGCAACAAUAAAGAUAAACAAGCCUCGAGGAUCAAACUAUAUAAAUCAGUGCUUCAGAAAUUUUUUCUCUGAUACAUCUUCCAAUAGUCACACUGGAGAAUCUUCUUUUACCUAUAGAGCCUACUGUACAGAAUUUGUAGAAGUCAAUGAAAUCAGUGCAGUGAUUAGACAGAAGAGACAGGAACUGGAAUUGUCAUGGUUUCCUGGAAUUGGAAGAAUUGGUUUUACACCCUGGAGUAUUGAAACCGAAGUUCUUCCUUUCAUCUCUUCUGUGUUGCCAAGAACAAUUUUUCCAACAAGUACCUUAUCUUUAGAAAAUUUUGGUACUUCUUGCAAGGAAUAUGCAUUAGCACAUACCCAAGAAGGAGAAGAAAAGAAGCAGACUUCUGGCACAUCAAGCACUAGAGGAUCAAGACGGAAACCUGCAGCAACAACUCCUACAAGGAGAUCUACCCGUAACACAAGAGCUGAAACAGUCAGUCAGUCUCAGAGGUCCCCAGUAUCGAUUAAUUCUGGGUGUGAUGCACCAGAUAACAAUAAUCCAUCUGUAAGUGUUUCCUCUUCAGCUGAGUCAGAAAAGCAAACAAGACAGCCUCCAAAACGGAAAUCUAUAAGAAGAGGAAGAAAACCGCCUUUGCUGAAAAAGAAACUUCGGAGCUCUGUACCUCCCCCUGAAAAAACAUCUUCCAGUGAUUCAGUAGAUGAAGAAACAGCAGAAUCUGACACACCACCUGUAUUAGAGAAAGAGCACCAUUCAGAUAUAGAAAGUAACACUGGUACUGUAAUGAGAAAUGCAGAAAAUGAGUCUGCUAAUGGCUUGAUAAGUUGCAGUGAACAAACAGAAGAAAGUGAGGAAUACACCAAAACCCAUGAUACAGGAGAAACAGUGGAAACUUCAUAUUCUGAGUCUUGUACCCAAGAUCUUCCUGUGCCUGUUGACAUGAAGGAAGAAACUCAAAGAGCUGAGAAUACGGGUAGAGAGGCUAAUGUUAUAUGUUUAGAAAGUGAGGUUUCUAAAAAUAUUUCUGAAAAGACGAGCAGUUCAUUAGAAAAUCAAGACCAGAUACCUGGACCUUCAGAAUCAGAUGUAAAGGCAGAUGUAUGUACAGAUCAUCCUCCAAGUGAUUUUUUUAAAGUUUUAGUAUCUGAAAUUGAAAUACACCAACCUGUAUCUAGUCCUCUAGGUGAGUUACCUGGGAAUGCAGAGUCAGUGGUUAAUGAAGAAAAAGUUGUAGAGACUCCCAUAGUAGAAAUUGUUGAUCAUAAAGAUGAUAUAGUAAAAAUAGAACAGCCUGUAGGGAGCCCCAAGUUAGAAUCUUCUGAGGGUGGAAUUAUGCAAACAGUGGACAAAAAAUCUAUUGAGAGCUCAGAGGUUCAGUUGCUUGGGCAUGUUGAAAUUGAAGAUGCCAAAAUAAUUGCAACGUGUGACAGUUCAGGGACUGAAAAUUUCAGUAGUACUCAAGACUCUGAAAAUAACUUACUAAAAAAUGAUCUUCACAAUACCAAAUUGGGCAAGUCUUUAGAAAAAAAAACUGAAUCUCUGGUUGAACAUCUCAGAUCUACAGAGUUGCUUAACAUACACAUUGAACAGAUUCAGAAGCAUUUUAGUGAGGACAACAAUGAGAUGAUACCUAUGGAGUGUGAUUCACUUUGCAGUGACCAGAAUGAGUCUGAAAUUGAACCGUCUGUAAAUGCUGAUUCAAAACAAUGGAAUGAAAAUUCCAUUACGCACAGUUCUGAAAAUAACAUGCCACCACCUGACUCUGUAAGUGAAAAGGUUGAAACUGUAUCUCAACCAUCUGAAGACCCAGUAGAUAAAAUAGAUAAGGCCAAAAAGCCUCGUACUCGAAGAUCUAGAUUUCAUUCCCCAUCUACAACUUGGUCUCCCAAUAAAGAUACUGCACGAGAAAAGAAGCGAUCCCAGUCUCCAUCUCCCAAAAGGGAAACUGGAAAAGAAGGCAGGAAGUCUCGAUCACCAUCUCCUAAGAAAGAAUCUGCAAGAGGACGAAGGAAAUCUCGUUCUCGGUCCCCAAAAAAGGAUGUUGCACGGGAAAAGAGGCAAUCUCAGUCUCAGUCUCCAAAAAGAGAUAGUACUAGGGAAGGGAAAAGAUCGGAAUCACUCUCCCCCAAAAGAGACACUUCUAGAGAGAGCAGAAGAUCUCAGUCAAGAAUGAAAGAUUCCUCCUCAAGAGAAAAAUCCAGGUCCUGGAGCAGAGAAAGAGAAAGUGAUAGAAAUGGGCAGAGGAGAGAUCGAGAUAGAGAAAGGAGAACCAGAAGGUGGUCUAGGUCCAGAUCUCAUUCCAGGUCACCAUCAAGAUCUAGAACCAAAAGUAAGAGUUCAUCGUUUGGUAGAAAUGACAGAGGCAGUUACUCUCCCCGGUGGAAGGAAAGAUGGACAAAUGAUGGUUGGAGAUGUCCACGAGGAAAUGAUCGGUACAGAAAAAAUGACCCAGAGAAACAGAAUGAAAAUACACGAAAAGAAAAAAAUGACAUCAAUCUAGAUAGUGAUGAUCCUAAUUCUGACAAACAUAGAAAUGACUGUCCCAAUUGGGUAACAGAAAAAAUAAAUUCUGGACUUGAUCCAAGGACCAGAAAUCCAGAGAAGUUAAAAGAUUCCCACUGGGAAGAAAACAAAAAUGAAGAUUCAGGGAAUUCUUGGAAUAAAAAUGUAGGAUCGGGUUGGAUGUCUAACCGUGGUAGAGGUAACCGUGGCAGAGGCACUUACAGAGGUGGUUUUGCCUAUGGAGAUCAGAAUGAAAAUCGGUGGCAAAACCGAAAACCCCUCUCAGGGAAUUCAAAUAGUUCAGGGAAUGAGUCUUUCAAGUUUGUGGAACAGCAACCUUAUAGGCGAAAAAGUGAGCAGGAGUUCUCAUUCGAUACACCAGCAGAUAGAUCGGGGUGGACUUCUGCAUCUAGUUGGGCGGUGAGAAAGACUCUACCAGCAGAUGUACAGAACUACUAUUCACGACGAGGGAGGAAUUCUUCAGGCCCACAGUCUGGAUGGAUGAGACAAGAAGAGGAAACAGCUGAGCAGGAUCCUAACCUAAAAGACCAGGCAAACCAGCAAAGUGACGGUUCUCAGCUACCUGUAAACAUGAUGCAACCACAAAUGAAUGUAAUGCCACAACAGAUGAAUGCACAACACCAGCCCAUGAAUAUGUUCCCAUAUCCAGUGGGUGUUCAUGCUCCCUUGGUGAACAUUCAGCGCAGUCCGUUUAACAUUCAUCCUCAGCUACCCUUGCAUCUCCAUACAGGAGUGCCUCUCAUGCAAGUAACUGCUCCUGCCAGUGUAUCUCAGGGACUACCACCACCACCACCUCCUCCCCCACCAUCCCAGCAAGUCAACUACAUUGCUUCACAGCCAGAUGGAAAGCAAUUGCAGGGUAUUCCUAGUGCUUCUCAUGUAAGUAAUAACAUGAGUACACCAGUCUUGCCUGCUCCGACAGCAGCCCCAGGAAAUACGGGAACAGUUCAGGGACCAAGUUCUGGUAAUACUUCGUCAUCAAGUCACAGCAAAGCCUCUAAUGCUGCUGUAAAAUUGGCGGAAAGCAAAGUAAGUGUUACAGUGGAAGCCAGCGCAGAUAGCUCGAAGACAGACAAGAAAUUGCAAAUACAAGAAAAAGCAGCACAGGAGGUAAAACUGGCCAUUAAGCCAUUUUACCAAAAUAAAGAUAUCACUAAGGAAGAAUAUAAGGAGAUUGUACGGAAAGCAGUAGAUAAAGUUUGUCACAGUAAGAGUGGAGAAGUAAACUCUACUAAAGUGGCAAAUCUUGUUAAAGCCUAUGUAGACAAGUACAAAUAUUCACGGAAGGGGAGCCAAAAGAAAAACCUAGAAGAACCUGUGUCUACUGAAAAAAACAUAGGCUGAAAUGGGGAGCACUGUAAAGGACGCUAUCAAGAUAUCUGCAAAGUGCAAUUUCAACGUGUACCAUUAACUGAAAAUCAUACAACUGUGACUGAAAUUUGGUUUUGAUAAAAUUAUUUUUUUUAAUGUAGGAUAUGUUUUGUUCUAAAUAAAUAUAGUUCUGUACCACAACUUCUACAUCCUUUCCCCGCCUCCCCACCCCCGAAAAAAAAAAUUUCAAGGGGAAGUAAAGGGUUUAAAGGAAUGUGUGUUUUUACUAGGACUGUGUUAUAGUGUGGAUACUGGAAGAUGUACAGCGUUUUGAAUUGAACAAUGGAGUGCAUAAAUUAGAAACUUCUACGUGUACUGAUUUUGGAAGAUAUAUAUAUAUAUAUAUAUAUAUAUAUAUAUAUAUAUAUAAUACAUUUAUUCUGUCAGACUAAAAAAUAAAGUAUGAUCUGUAUGGUUUUUCCCUUUAAUACUAGAAAGAUAACAUAAUGCCAGGGAACAUAUUGCUAGUAUUAACAGAACAUACCAAUUACAGGGUUUCUAAUGUGUAUUUUUAAAGAAGCACACAUCUGCUUAGAUAAAAAGUUAUCACAUUAGUAAAAUUUACUGUUCAAAACUCUUCACCUAUUGUAUCACCAAAUAAAGGUUAUGCUGCUUGUUUUUCUUUUGUGCCUUUUUUUUUUUUUCCCCAGUUGAGAUGAAGCAGUUUGACUUGCUAGAUUACAACUUUGGCAGUAUAAAGUCUUUGUCCAAAUUGGUCUUCUAAAUUCAGCAAAGUGUUGACUUUGUAGAAAUUAUGUUAUUUCAUGUCUUCUACCCAUCAGAGGUAAAUUAUUUGUAUCAACUGGAGAACUGCUGUUAAAUAAUGGCCCCUCCCUUCCUAGGGACUAAGAUAGAAUUGUGAGACGCACUUCACUGGCUUGCAUGGUAUUGCUCAUCUGUCUAAUCGCUAAUGGAAUUCUUUUCACACUUAAGAAAUCCACAAAUGCUUUACAAUGAAUAAAGUGUUAAUCUGAUGACCAUAUGGCAACCAAUUACCAAUGUUGUGAAAUUCCAGACAUUAAAACCUGUUUUUGGAAAGAGAGAGGAAUUAAAUAAUAGAGUCUCAGGCUGUCAGAAAUAAGGGAUUUGGUUAAUUUUUUUAAGUUCUAGAAUGUUAAUUUUUUAUAAAAGGUAAGUUUGAAAUUUAUAUAGUGCCAUUAUUUUAAUUGACAUCUUGAAAGGAAAAAAUGGGUUCUCUUCAUGAUCAACUAUUUUUCAGUCCAGUAAAAAUUUUGAAAAGAAGCCAAAUAAACUGAAAGUUGUUCAGAUCACAUAUUAAUGGUUCAAAGAUAAAUAUACACCUCGGUGAGACAGACUGACCCUUUUACUAGCUAAACUACUUAGUGAAAGCAAUACUCUGUAGGACUGUACUUCCCUGAAGUAAGGAUGAUCUGUUUCUCAGUUUUAUGUGCAUAAUAUUUUCCUGGUGCUAGCUUUGAUAGGCAAAAUAUUUUUGCAAUGUUGGCCCCAAUAAUGAUUGUCCUAUUUAAUAAUCAUUGUCAGUCUAUGAGUUUGUAAUCCUAAAAAAAAUGUUAGAAAUAUUUCCAAGCAGUUUUUGAUCUUUAUUCUAUAUUUCUGGGCAUUUGUAAUAUGGUAUUCUACUGAUUUAUAUAUAUUUUUAUUAAAGUUUGUGUUUAGAUAAUGAUGGGGAGAGAAGUUUGGAAGUAUAUUUCUUCUAAUAAAAUAUUAAGACAGUGUUUUUGAUAUCAACCCACACCUCCUCAGUUGCUUGUUUUGAACUCUGGAAACAAUUGUGUGAACUUGCAAUCUAUUUUGAGUUACUGCUGGUUCACACUUCAAGCUGAUCAUGCCUCACAUACUUUUCCUGCAUUUUCUUUCAGUGGCAUUUGAGAAUUGGGUAACAUUUUAAGUUUUGCUUUUAUACCAUUUAAUUUUUACAAACAAGCUUCAAGUUUAAGAAAAACUAGGUGGUGUGGUCAAAAAUCAGUCUUUUUUGAUAUUUAGUAGCAGCCCGAUAAAUUAUUUCCACCUUUCUUAAAAACAACAAGCAUUUGUUCAAUAUCUGGUUGGGGUACUGGUUAGAUAGUGUAGUUACUAAAGAAUGUAACUGGAUUAGAAUUCAAACAUAAGCUUUUUAAAAUGAAUUACCUAAGAAUGUUUCCGGAAAUGCAUGCUUUAUGUUAACAAAAUACAUUUCUUCAGCAUUCCCCAUUUCUUGCUCUUUUUCAGAAAUUCACGCUAAUUUUGCAUGUGUACAGACAUAAUCACAAAUAUUUUGUGGGGUUAAAAAUUCUUCUUGUUAUUUAUAAAGAUCCAGUAUUAACUUGACCUUUGAGACCUUGGUCCCUUUAACUUGCCAGUCACAUUGAUUGGUGUUUUAGGCUGUAGACGUGCCUAGAAUUGAGGCUAAAAAGUAGUUAGUUACCCAUUAUUUUAAGGCUUCAAAAGUUGUGAUUUUUUUCUGAUAAUCAUCACAUUUUCUCCAUUCUCCUUUAAAUGGCCACAGUGUGUACUGCUUGAAUGUACCAUCCAAAAGAUGUAGCUUCAGAAACACAGUGGUUGCCCCUGAGUCCAUGAAACAUUGUUUGUAGUAUGAGGAUGGAGUGCUACCUACUGAAACAAUACUCAAUUAUGUAGUAUGUAAUAUUUUCUAAUAAAUUCUUUUGAUAAAUAAA